CUGCUUCUUCGGCCGCCAGAAGCGGCCCAUUCGCCGAGCAUGCUGCCGCCAUGAGUGCAGGCUCCCUGGAUUACCCCUGCCUCGGCGACCUCCGCAGCUGAGUGUUUGUGCCUCACACGAAGACCCUUGCAGGAUGCGCCUCCUCGCCUACCUGCUGUUCGUCGCCGGAGCGAGCAUCGUGUCGAGCGAGGAGACCGCCGGUCCCGUCUACAAGGGUGGCCGUGCGGAGGCGCUGACGCAGCAGGCGCACACAGCGCUGCCCACAGUCACUGUGCGCGGCUUCCUGAAUUUCCGCACGACAGUUGACGGGACCGUGAUUGUGUUUACGCCGGCCUCCGACGGGAAGCCGACCGCGACCACCCGGCCGUCGUCUACCACAGCGGCGCCACAGCCCCAGACGACGAACGUGCUGGGCUUCGAGAUCGUUGGAGGAGGCGCCAACGAAGUGCUGCCUCCGCCAACACCUACGAGUACGCAACCCAGCGCUACCUCUACAAGCAGGCGGCGGCCUAGCACCACCAGUACCAGCAGCAGAUCUUCUACGAGCAGGCCGCAAUACCCAACCGGACUGGUCACAGUACUCGGAGGAACACACGUACACCGUGGGGUGACUACAAUCCACGAGACAAAAGUCAUCGGCACCUAUAUCGACGGCAAGUACGCGCAGAUCCUGCAGAGCACCUCGCGCCUCGUGUCUGUCGCGCCCUCAGCCGCAGUGAGCAGCACGCCCACGGCGGCGUUUCGAGCACCCGAAGCGACUCCCGCCGUCCGGCUGCCAAAACUAGAGCCCUCACCUAGCCCGAAACACCAGCAAGUGGUACGCUCCGGCACACUCAAGGCCACGAGGGAGGAACGGCUUAGGGCACGCAAGUUGGGCGACACUUCUUCAGCGGCGCUGCAGUCAUCGUUCCGAAGUCCUGAGACAAGCAGCAGCCGCCAGCUGUUUCCGCGGCGCACGCAGUCGCUUCCAGGAUCAAGGACUAGCCGCUACCGGGCUGUGAGCCGUGAACCGCUGCAGUCUGACUUGGAAGACAACACAAUCGUGGUCACCAAGGGACGCCACCAGCAGCAGCGGCACACGCCUCUCCUGGCGGCGGCCGGGACGCGGCUGCGAUACGUGCCGGCUAGGAACACACACACGGUUCGGCUGAACCGCUUCAAGGUGCGCCUGACAGCGCGCCCCGACGCUCGUCAGGAGCCGUCUUCAGCGGAAGAAGAGCCGGCGGCCGCAACACCGUCAUCGACAUCAUCGGCUCCUGCAGAGGCGAGUGACGACGUGGAUCCACUAGUGUCCAUUGACCCAGCAAGGGUGCGUUACGAGCCGACGACGCUGACAAGCCUCGUGACGCUGCACGCGGCUCAGGGCAAGUCUGUGGUGCGGACGCUCACCAUCACUACGUCGGUGCCUCGCACGCUUGAGCCUUCGGAGCUCGUCUCCAAUGGGAUCCUCGAAGGCUCCGAGGGUCAUCCUGCUGCUCUCACCGCUAUUGACAGUGGCGAGGAGCAGACGCCGCCGCUCGUCGUCUCCAGGGUUUACUCUACCACCGAGCACUCGUGGCGCACUUCGCUGGUUCCCGUUUUUGACGGCUUGGCCACCACCACGCACACCCUGACUGAGAGCUUCAUCAUUCGCAAGAUCGUCACUGCGUACCGCACCAUGCCGCCUGGCGACUUCCUGGCCUUUGACGAGCGGAACGUCACACUCGACCUUGACUCGGAGCAAUACUUCCAGACUCUGCUGAAUGGUGCCGCCGCGCCUCCUCCGCCGACAGCGCAGCAGCAGCCACGGACGCAGGAGGCCUCGUACCUUGCGCUGCCGUCGGACGGCGACCAGCCUGUGCAGCUCGCCAACCCAUUACUCAACGCAGCAUUCUCAAAUAAUCCGCUCGCAGCGGUCUACCUUGGCCUGCAACAGCUCAACCAACAGGCUACGCUCUACUCGACUGUGACGCAGUCUAGCGUCUACACCACAACGGACACAGUGUUCCACACUAAGCUGGUCAGUUUCUACGACGGUCGACGGACGCGCACACGCACCUUGUCUGAGUCGCUAUCCACGACGGAGCGCACGCUGACCAGCUACGUGACCAGUGUGGUGCCCUACCUGAACACGCAGGCGCUGCAGCUUCAGCAGCUGCAGCAGCAACAGCUGCAGCAACUCAUUGGUACGCAGCUGGGCGUGGUGCCGACGCAGCCACCGGCACCACGUUACACCACGGUGACGUCAACGCACACCACCGUGACGACGGCGACCAGCUACAGCUCCAAAAUAUACACACUCAUCUACAACGCAUUCAGCACGCGAUAUCGAACCGUGACCAGCUCGAGUUCAUAUGUGACCACGCUAACCGUGACAUCGACGUCCUCUUACCUGGUGCAACCUACGGCUCCUCCAGCAGCCUUCGCACCACAGCAGCUGGUAUUGCCGCCCACAGUCGCGCCCGCCGCUGUUGUGCCAUCACAGCCUGUCGCAGCGGCUUAGACGAAGGAACUGUCUUGAAUGAACUGUUCUGGGGCCGCACAUCGGCAGGUAUGCCCACCCACUGGGAGCAUCCUCUCACGGGCUGGCCACACAUUCACGGCGCGCCUCUUGCUCACACGUGGUUGACGAGCUAAGUGUGUCUGGAACUUGUUGUCAUGUCAAGAAAACUGCCAUCCAUGGUUUGAAUGGCUUCACUUCAAGUGUGUCACUAGAACGUUUUCGUCAACACAGGGAAGCCAAGAUCUAAUCCUGGCAAGUUUGAGGACAAUUUUCUGUGACUAAGAAGAGAAUAUUUGCGCACGAGUGGGGCAAAUUCCAUCUGUCCAGCAGGUAAACUUGUAACCACGUUUUUAUUUCCUUUGAAAUGGAGAGAGUAUACCCCACCAUUUGGUGCUUUUGACCAAAGCCAGGCUCGUCCGCAGUGUAAUGAACUUUGUUGCAGAGAAGAAAGCGUGCGAUGCUUUCAGUGGAGAGCUAUGUCAGGUGAGAGAGCAGGCGGAAUGGCGAGUGCAGGAGCGUCAACGACAUAUGUCCGCCACUGUAGUUCUAAAUUUGCUUAUGCUGAGUGACUGUCACCAACGUCUUACCGGGAAGGCCAGCAGCGGCGAGCCCGAACAAAAAAUUAUGCGUACCUAUUUAUUAUUCGAGCAUGACAUUCCUCAUGAGAGCAAAGUACUGUGUCCUUCUUUGUAACUGUUGUCUUUUGUUCAUACAAAGUUUCACGUUGUUGUUUUGCAGAGUGUUCAUGUAAAAAUAAAAGUCUAUGAUGUGUUUUACAAA